CCCUGUAGGUGCCACCUGCCGCCCCCCCGGGUGCCAGCUCUGUCCCCAGUGUCCCCAUUGCCGUGUCCCCUCAGCCCGUGCCACCAUGAGCUCCGAGACGCUGGUCAAGGACGUCAAGCCGGGGCUCAAGAACCUCAACCUCAUCUUCAUCGUGCUGGAGACCGGGCGGGUGACCAAGACCAAGGACGGCCACGAGGUGCGCACCUGCAAGGUGGCCGACAAGACCGGGAGCAUCAACAUCUCGGUGUGGGACGAUGUGGGGAACCUGAUCCAGCCCGGGGACAUCAUCCGCCUCACCAAGGGCUACGCCUCGGUGUUCAAGGGGUGCCUGACCCUCUACACCGGCCGGGGGGGCGACCUGCA